CACUUCCUCCCUUCUCAGGAAGAGCGACGAGGCCGCCCAUAAUCCCCGACGAACUUUGUUAUGUUUUCUUGAGGGAGGAAGGCCCACGAGGAGCCGAGGGGCGGGGCGGCGUGAGGAGAAAAAGGGAAGCGGCAGACGGCGCCGGGGCCUCUCGCGGCUGCGAUGGGCUCGAGGGACGUUGCGGAGGCACCGGCGGCGGCGCUGCUGAACAGGCGCCGAGGUCGCUGCUCCUCAGCCAGCCCGGCUGAUCGCUGAGCAGCCGCCGCGCCUCCUCGCAGGGAGAGCGGGUGGGGGGAAGGGAUGGCCGAGGCGACCGGCGAGUCCCCGGCGGCUGCCCUGCGGGAGAAAGUGGCUGCGCUGGAAGCGGAGUUGAGCGCCUGCCGGAGCCGGCUUGAGCGGGAAAAGAAGCGGCGCCUCCAAGCCCAGGCCUGCUCGGCCAAGUUACGGAAGCAGGUUGAAAAACUUUGUAAAGUCAGCAAUGGUGAAAGAAAUGAUAGGACAACAUCUACUGUAGAAGUGCAAACUGAAGACUCUGCUGCAUGGUUAUAUGCAGAUUAUUACUAUCCUCAUAAUUAUUACAACUGUUCUGAAUUAUCCAGUGCACCAGUGCAGCCAAAUAACGAUAAUGAAAUAUUGAACUCAAAUUGUACAGAUCAUUUACAAUUAGACAAUCAUUUAGAAGUUAAAGACAGACAGCAGGAUGAGCUUGAGGAACAGGGCAACAUAAUAAAUAAUGUGCAGAAAUCAAAAGAUGUUUCAUUAACAGAAGGCACAUUAGCAGAAAGUCUGAGAGCUGCUGCAGAAGCUGCUGUUUCACAAACAGGAUUUACAUAUGAUGAAAAUACUGGAUUAUAUUAUGAUCAUAGCACUGGAUUCUAUUAUAAUUCGGAAAAUCAGCUGUAUUAUGAUCCAACCACUGGAAUUUAUUAUUACUGUGAUGUUGAAAGUGGCCGAUACCAGUUCCACUCUCGAGUGGAUCUACAGUCUUACGGAACUGAAACGGUUCAGAGCAGCAAAGACAGAAAAAGCAAAAAGAAACGAAAAGAUGCAGAAUGCUCUAGGACAAAUGAGCACAAGAAUCUGAACACAGAGGAGCAAAAAUCAUCUAGCAAUCUGAAUUGCAUUUUUGCCCCUAAUGAACCAAGUUCUCCAGGAGAGGAAGAAUGUCCAGAUGUGAAAAAGGCUAAAGUGGAUAUUGAUACUAGAAACACUCAACAGACUAAGGAAUCAGUUACUGCCAACGGAAGUAGUAUAAACGCAGAGUUUACUGCUAGUACAGAAGACAGUAAAACAGAUACAGAAAGUGAGCCAGAAGAAGGUGAAAUCACAGACACCGAACAGGAGGAAUAUAGCAGUGAAAAUGAAGUGACAAGUGAAGAAACUGUAAAUUCAGAAGAUGUGGACAGUGAAGAUGAAGACAAGAUCUGGCCACCUUGUAUCAGAGUGAUCGUAAUUAGAUCACCAGUACUGCAGAUGGGGUCUCUGUAUAUCAUCACAGCUGUGAAACCUGCCACAAUUGGAAGAGAGAAAGGGAUGGAACAUACUUUGCAGAUCCCAGAGGCCUCGGUCAGCAAGUUCCACGUGGAAGUAUACUUUGAUCAUGAAUUGCAAAGUUAUGUUCUUGUGGACCAAGGCAGUCAGAAUGGCACUGUGGUUAAUGGAAACCAAAUUCUUCAGCCUAAAACAAAAAGUGAGCCCCAUGUUCUGGAACACGGUGAUGAAGUGAAGAUUGGAGAAACUGUACUAUCUUUUCAUAUACAUCCUGGUAGUGAAACUUGUGAUGGAUGUGAACCAGGACAAGUCAGAGCUCAUCUUCGCCUUGAUAAGAAAAAUGAAUCUUCUAUUGUUCCUGCAUUGACAAAAGAAGAAAAGGAAUUAGUUAGAAGAAAAGAAUUAAAACAAAUACGUGUAAAAUAUGGUUUACAGAAUACAGAAUAUGAAGUUGAUAAGGUUAUGAAAAAUCCGAAUUACAAAGACAGAGCAGGAAAGCGCCGUGAAACAGUUGGAAGUGAAGGGAACUUUUAUAAAGAUGAUGCUCCAGCCUCUAUACAUGUGGAAAUUAGUGAGAAUAACAAAGGACACAAACUAUUGGAGAAGAUGGGAUGGAAGAAAGGAGAAGGACUUGGAAAAAGUGGUGGUGGAAUAAAAGAUCCGAUCAAACUUCAGUUACACAGAAAGCAUGCAGGCUUAGGUGCAAGUAUGCCUAUUUCUGCUGAAGAGAUUCAGAUCAUCAGUACCAAAAAUAAAAGGAACUGGGAAAAAGCGAGAGAAAGAUUUGCAGAAACGUUUCAGGAUUCUAAAACUCCGCAAAAAUGCACCGAAGAAGCUAACCUGAAUUAGAAGAGCACCAGAAUUAAAUUCAUAAUUUGUUAGCUUGUUUAUGUAAUUAUGGUUUUUUUUCCUUAAAGAUGGAAAUGUAUUUGUUGUAUAUUAACUGCUAUAUACGCUCACUUAAUUGUAAAGCACUGUCAUUGUACAUGUUGAUUUAUUUCUCUGACACCAAUUUUAAUCAUAAGAUGUGCAUGGCCUUAAGUGGCCCAGUUCUUUUUGAAGAAUUUUGGAAGCGAGUAUGAGGGUAAUUCAGGAUUUUUUUUUAUUCUACCACUUUGUUGAAAUAAUUAAUUUCUGUCACUUUUUUGAUUCCUCAUGGAUCUCAAAGGAUUCUGUGGCCUGAUGCAACAGAAACCAAGAAACAAGAGCCAAAAGAAAAGCAAUACUGAUGCAUCUCACUUUCAUAAAAUGAAAUCAAUAGAUUUUCUACCGUGUUUCCCCGAAAAUAAGACAGCCUUAUUUUCUUUUGACCCCCAAAAUAAGGGUGUAGCCUUAUUAUCAGGGGGGUUCUUAUUAUUUGCAGGAGGUGGCGAGCGUCGAACUGGAUGUCCUAUCGCCACCAGUGCCUCCCCUCCCUGUUCUUCGCGCCAGCCAAGCAGCUGGUGGUGCUGCCCUGGUGUGUCCCGCCUCCGUCUCGUGGCUUGUUGUGCCUUGCAUGCACGAACUGCAGCAUCGCUGCAAACUUCAUCAUACCGGCAGAGCUGGUGUCCUGCAGCUCAUGGCUGCACUGGUAUGUCGAACCUCGCGGUAGUGCUGCUGUUCAUGCAUGCAACAGCACAAGCCUUGCAGAGCCCUGCUCCACGAGGCAGUGGCGGGACGAGUCUCACAAAGACUCAUUUCUGGCAGGUGGGGCGGGUGAGAAGCAAGACGCGCAUCUUACCUUUCCACCUCCAUCACAUUCCUUGCCGUUGUGUCCAGGGAAACACGUAAAAAAAACCUUGCAAGUUCAAUUAAACUUCUCAAACUCACUAGGGUUUUUUUAUGUGUUUCCCUGGACAUAAUGGCAGGGAACGUGAUGGAGCUGCCAGUCUCCGGUAAGAUGCUUGUCUCACAGUGGGGUGCAAUUUGGGGGUGGCAGGUGGGGCGGGGCGGGCCACGAGUCUCGCCAGAGACUGGCAGCUCUGUCACGUUUUGGCCAGUCUCUGCAGGGAAACACCUUGCACGGUCAAGAAAAACUUCUCACAAAUUGCUCGUACUCGCAAGAAGUUUUUCUUUACUGUGCAAGGUGUUUCCCUGCACAGACCAGCCGAGAGAUGCGAUGGAGCUGCCAGUCUCCAGUAAGAUGCGCAUCUUGUGGCAGGGCGCAAUUUGGAGGUGGCAGAUGGGGCGGGCCACAAGACAUAAAUCCCGGCUGGAAGUGGAGAAGAGACCAGUCGGGCCAGCCGCCUGCUGCCGUGUCUUCUGGCAGCCGGGGCAGAGAGGCAGCUGCAGCCCCGCAUGGAGCUGGAAUCAUAGAGUGGGAAGCGCACUCACAGAGCGGCCACUGCCAGAAGACUCUCCUGCCUUGGCUCCUGGAAGACUCAGCAGCAGGCGGCUGGCCUGACCAGUCUCUUACCUCUCAGUCUGUGAGUGGCACUCUGACUGGCCAGAGGGGGGGGUUCUCCGCUGGGUGGGCACUACAUGGCAAGAGGUACCAGGCGGCUGCUCUUGCGAGUGGGGUGGGAAUUUGCAGGCAAGGGGGAUGGAUGGGAGGCGGGUAAGUGCCAGCAACACUGGGGAGAGAUAGAACAGAGAGGCAGUUCCCAAUAAGCUCAGCUGAUCUGUGGGUUGCGAUUAAGGGGCCCUGCAGCCAUUAGCUGACCAGGGAAGUAAAGGGCUGCAUCCUGUGCUAGCCAUGCCCACCUCUUCACUAGGGCUUAUUUUCGGGGGAGGGUGAAUAUGCCCCCCCCCCAAAAAAAAUCAGGCUUGGCCUUAUUUUCAAGACAUGUCAUAUUUUUGGGGAAACACAGUAAAAUUAGACAAUUCUGUUCUAAAUGCAAUAUCACUAUUUUUGAUGAGAAAACAAUAUACCAAAGGCCAUAUAGAAGGCCUUAUUUUCUUCUGUGAAGAAUUAUUAAGGGUUGUACAUUAAGCUUCUAAUAUUCUAUUCAGGUAGCAUGUUUAGAAAAUGAUACUAUAGUCUGAUCUGUACUUUUUAGAAUUCAGAAUUACAUAGUUCAGGGGCUGAACUAUUAUAAAAUUCAGAAUCUUCCUGGAUUCAAUUAUUGUUUUUGAUGACAUGCAAGGAUGUUUCUAAUCCAGUUUAGUUUUUUCAGUAUGAAGGGAAUUCUGAGGUAGAAAAUGCAAUCAGAGAUUUGGAAGUGGCACAGUCUAGGACUUUGGUACCAUAAACUUGUCUUGAAGCCCUAUUAUUAUUAGCCUUAUUAGCCUUCUUAUCUUCAGUCUGUACUGCCAUACACUUUAAGAUUUUUAAUAGACAAGCACUAUUUAUUAACCUUUGUCCGUUGCUGGCAAUGGAAUUUAGGCUGGAUUCUAUUUUUUCCUCCAUUUUUCUUCAAGGUAGAGACUGAUUUAUUUAUUGAAAUGUUAAUAAACAUGCUUUCAAAAGA